CCCGGACAUUUCGCGAAAUAAUAGCGUCGCGGAUCGGCGGAAGCCCGAAGGUCCACUUCAUCCGUGCCCCCUUUUGACUCCACCGUCUCCAAAGAACUUCGAUCAGCAUCAAUUAUUUCCGCCGUGAGCGUUCAACCCAGAAAGCUGGUCCUUUCUGUCUUUCUUUCAUUUUUCUAUCCUCCGCUCUUUGAUCCGUUCGUCUGGAUACUCAUCUCGAUCUCUUCCAAAGUCCCUACAAUCCACUAUAUCAUUCUUGACCGCCAACCUCCGUGUUUUCUCGCGUUCGUCAGCCGCACCGCAACAGCUCCUGAAAAGAUUGGAACGGACAUAAGGGUUCUUCGCAUCUGAAAAUCCCUCUCGAUCACGUCUCAGCAUGCGGGCUCGACAGUGCUCUCUUCGUCCGCCCGCUGCAUCAUUCCGACCUCCCACAUUCAUAUGCCAGCUCGAGUCUUCCCACACACACCGAGUCUCCUCCCUGUGAAGCCCGAUCCGGAGCUAUAAAGCCUGCCAUUCGGGAUGGCAACCAGUCGAACGAGUCCUCUUCGCCCGUCGAUACGGCUAUCUCCGGUGGUCUCGCGAGAGAACUCACGUCCGGCGUCCCCUGAACGGAAUCCAGCCUCAUUAUACCAAAAAAUCGAUCCCCUUCUCAGCAACCUAUCCCCCGAAUCCACUUUACACGCCCUGACAUCGACCGAGGCCGUCCCCACGAACGGAGACUUUUCUCAUAAUGUACUCUCACAGAGUAUCUCGCAAGUCUCUCCCGCUGAACGCGCCCUCGGCAUCCGUGCCGCCAUAGCCGCCCAGAACUUGGGUAUCUGGUAUAAGGAGGUGCAGUCCUGGCUAUGGCCAAAACAUAGCGAGGCGAAGCUCGGAAUGGGAUUUGAGCCGCCACCAGAAACUUCAUCGCAAGACAAUUCUCUCGUAUCGAGCUCCCUCCUGCUCCCUCCGGCUAGUAAUUGGGGUGGUGGUGCUGAUGUGGAGUAUUAUGGCAGCUUGCCAGCCGCUGUGGUAGAAGAGUAUGAGAAGAGGAUCGAGGAGAUACGUGAUGGAAUGGACAAUUUAGAUGUGGAUGAGCUAAAGGAACACGUCCUCAAUGCCCACAUUCCAUCCCGGUCUCGCCCUUCCUCCUCGAACAGCACAGUGUCCGUGCCCCCACCGCUCAGCUAUGUGCAACUAAGCGAUUUUACAGCUGUCGUCACCGCUACUAUCCUUCGCGCCUUGCCACUGCUAUCAAGACUUAAUAGCCUUUUGACUACCUGGGACGUCCGUCUGCUUGUUCUUCGCCAAGUACCGGGCCUAUUGAGGGAAUUGAAAGCGACGCGAGCCUCCCUUGAUUCCUCCUUUCAUGCACUACGAACAUCGAACCCAAAUGAGAAAUGCGAUUCUCGACUUUCCGACUCACAUCUACGCGGCGAGCAUGUUGAUCUUGAACGCGCCGUUGUUGCAGUGGGUAGGCGAAUGGAUCGCGCCCUUGAUGCGUUGGAGGGUCGCCAAGACUCCCUACCUGAGAAUUGGAUUGACGACUUGGAGAGCAUCGAGUCAGAAUUCGCUGCUUGGGUAGUCGAGGCUGAGAGGUAUAGGCUUCGCACUAAUUGGUUACGCAUGAAAGACCAACCUAAAAAGCCCGAGACGAUUGAAAUCCCUGAGGUUCCCCACGAAGCUCCUUCGCUGCAGGAAAUUGCAAACUUGACAGAUAAAGUAGCAACGGCUACCGAGACACAGGCGCUACCCGAACUGGGAUCUUCGAAAAAGACGAUCGAGGAAGCGGCAGAGGAUAGUAUUCAACCUCAGACUGCCGCACUUAGUGAGAAGCAGAAGCAUGAGCAAGGUCUCGAAAAUUCCAUUGCGUCCCCAGUCGAGAGGAGCGCGCAAGUGCUAGUGUCUUCUCACUUGAAUGCUUCCUCACCCAACCCUUGCUCUGAGACCCCCUUGACGCAGUCGGUCAAGGAACAGUUGCCCAUCGAGACUAGUUUGACUGUCACGGAGCAUAUGCAAACUCCCACCCGGCCUACCUUCUCGCUCAAUCAUGCGGUUGACAGCUUGAGCCAGCAAUCGCCGUCUCAAGUGCCAUUACCAAUGAGUCCUGAUGUCGAGAACAAAGAAAAUGUCCCUCCCUCGAACUAUGAUCAAGAGCGGCCGGUAUCCUCAUCUGGAUCGAAGCCGGCUGCUUUGUCUGAACGUAAUCUCAUAGACGAUGGUGACCCAUUUGUUCAAAAACCAGUUCAUUCAGGGGAAACCGAGAUUGAAAAGACACCAAGUGUCUCUAUUGCGGGUGUCGUAUCCAUAUCAGAAGUGGGAGAAUCCCCACCUGAUAUUAAGGCUGUGGAAGAUAGCGUCCACUCCAUCAAGGCUGACCCUCACAAAGACUCCUUGUCGAUCGAUCGUCAGCCCGUGUCGCCGAAGGAGGGCAUAACCAAGUCGAUUCCGGUUGUUUCAGAACCCUCUGACCGCGAAUUUGUGACGCCCGGAAACCGAAAACCUGAAAAACGCCUGGCUGAUACCGAAAAGGUGGAAGUGCCAACAAUCGAUGUUUGUUCGGCUGAUGCUCCGAAUCACACGAAGUGCGCUUGCGAUCCUUUCCAAGAGAUCUCUGGGAAGCCUACACAGCAAUCGGAGCCCAUUGAGUCUGCCAUAUAUGAGUCACGGCCUGCUGUGUCCGGUCCAAGGGAGGAAAAGCCGCCACAGGCACAAAUCUCGAUCCGGAAACCGCUUCAGAGCCCAAUCAAACUAUCAAAACACCGACCUGGGAAACUGAAUCUCGAUGGAGAGGCCCCAAAGCCACGCCGGCACCAGCGACGAUCUUCUACGGGCUCCGUGGGCUCUUUGCUCUCUGACAACUCUUCUCUUAUAUCAAGCCCUGAUGCACCCGAGCCUCAAACAGGCUCGUCACACGACGGUCCUCUCGUCACUCCCUCCCGCCAGGAUUUCCCUCGAUCGAACUCAAUUCCUUCGCACGGGGAGCAUUUGUUGCGAGCCGAUCGAUUGCUGUGUUUUGAGAACGACAAGUCAUCCCCAGUAGCCUUUCCGCAGAACCGUGCCGUGAGUCUGCCUUUGGAGCGAUUCAUCAACGAUGAGUUUGAUUUAGAUAUACGCGAACAGCCUGAACUAGAGGAUGCGGAGUUUGCUUCGUCUUUCAAGGGCACUGAGGUCACCAAACCGCCGCCCGCUACUACUGGUCUCUCGACGCCUGCACCCCAAGUACCACCCCGCGUGUCUAGUCGACGCCCAAGACUUACUCGUGGCAAGUCUGUAUCUGAUUUGAAGGAAAGCGAAAACUCGAAGAAGAAUGUCGACCACAACAGGAAGGCCUUUGGCAUGAACACGGCCCAUCGGGCCUUGCUUCAUCAGGAGCAACCUAAGUCUACCCGCUUGCGCCAACGACUUACAGCUCAUCCCAGCCUGGAAAGUCUAGGCGUCAAGAGACAAGAACUGCCAUAUGUGGAGGAAGAUGAAGCCGAGCUGAUCGACGAAGGCUCGCGCUCAUCUUCUCCGCACAGGCGGAGACCUCGCGACCAGCUUGAUGAAAAGAUUAAUUCUAUCUUGAGCACUCUUCCUGGUCGGAUUCACCUGGUCGAUCCUAGCAACGAGGCCGACACCUCCUCUUCAUCAUCUUCUAUAGACCGCAAGAUACGGGACAGAGGCCAUUCAGAGUCGCCGCAUGGUGCCCCGUCGCGCAGUAUCACCCCUGCCCCUUCGUUGAUGCUUAUGCCUGCCGCACGGAGGCGAUUGUCUCACGCUCACAAGGCCGAAGACAGCUACGUGAAACUAUACCAUCUGCACCAUGGAGGCCAAACAGCGCCCACCAAGCUCUUCGUCCGCACAGUUGGAGAAGACGGAAAGCGCGUCAUGGUCCGGGUUGGUGGUGGCUGGGCUGAUCUUGGCGAAUACUUGCGCGAAUAUGUCAUCCAUCACGGACGCCGCAAGGUCUCAGAGACACCACGCGUCGAGGUACAGGGUCUGACGUCUCGAACCUCACCCAGCUAUACCUCUCCUGCUGCCAUGUUAUCAUCAGCAGCAGCUUCUCCCUACGUCACAUCCGGUCGAGCGACACCAUCUCGGCCUCCGUCCGUAAUGAGUGCGCGACCUCCAUCGUCACUUACCGUCCGCAAGAGGCGUGGAUCCAACGCAUCUGAUGCCUUGGGGCCCCGAUCAGUCACCACAGGAAAUCUCAGCUCCUACAUCUCGCCUCCGCCGGUUGCACUACAUGGUGGACGUCGCUUCUCCAUGUCCUCGAACUACUCGUUCGGAGGCACACAUUCUCCUGCUAAUGUCGCACUUGCCUCCCUCGCCCACGACUCGCAAUCAACACCGCUGGGUCUGGCGGGUCCGAAGCCCCGCUCGCGACAGAUUUCGAUGAGCCCAGAAGGUGAAGCUUGGGUGGAGGAUGUCCUUCAACAAACUCGCCGAUCUAGCUCCGUGAUUUCUCCGUCAUUCGCAUUGAAUGUUGCGCCCGGAACUGAGAGCGUUGUUGACCCACAAGAGGCAGAUGACCACGACCACCACCGUAGCCAUGGCCGCCGCUCUUUGCCCAAGGUCUCGAGUAUCAGUGAUAUCAGAUCUGUUGGCUCAAGCAAGCGAGUCUCACUCCGUGGACUUGGUAACCGCAGGUAAAGCGCGUUUUUCCCGCUUCCUGCUUCAAAAUUUCGUCAUAUCCGGGAACCAUUUGCAUUUAAUCGCCUUUUAUUCACCUUUUAUUCACCAGUUUGAUAUUGUCUGAUUUUCAGCAUUUGCAUCAGCGCGGCGAAAAGAUUUUGGUUUCAAUUUUUGAUUUUUAUUGUUUGUUGGGGUCUUGGUUGCGAUUGAUAUCCUCACAUACCAGGUCGUUUUUUUUCGGGUUCGUGUUUGUACAUAUCUCAUCUGUCUGAGUUGGUCUAACUCGAUAUCACUUUCGAGGCUGCAUUUAAUACCCCUCAAUAGAAUGCAUCUUUUUACUAGCCUUCUGGUGAUUCUGUUAUACCUUUGUCGUAAGUACAUGAAGUUGGGAAAAAGGUUAGUGGCAUGGUUUGUUAAACCAGCUAUUCGCG